CCUGUACUAUAAAACAGACGCUCCAUCAUUGUCCAGUGCUGGAGAUCACAGUGACGCCGUGGAGUUACAUUCACAACCGGAAAAAUAGGGAUCUUUGUCUCAGCCCAGCCUUCUUCUAGAAGUAGUCCACAAUCCACGAGAACAACAGCCAUGCCUUUCGGAAACAGCCACAACCAGCUGAAAAUGAAGAAUUCCUGUGAGCAGGAAUAUCCUGACCUCAGCAAGCACAACAACCAUAUGGCCAAGGUGCUGACCCCGGCCUUGUAUGAGAUGUUACGCUCCAGACAGACACCCAGCGGAUUUACACUGGAUGAUGUAAUCCAGACCGGGGUAGAUAACCCAGGCCACCCCUUCAUUAUGACUGUGGGUUGUGUGGCUGGGGACGAGGAGACAUAUGAGGUGUUUAAAGAGCUGUUGGACCCCAUCAUUAAGGACCGACACGGAGGGUACAAGCCAUCAGACAAACACAAGACUGACCUCAACCCAAGUAACCUCAAGGGUGGUGAUGACCUGGACCCCAAUUACGUGAUGAGCUCUCGCGUCAGAACUGGCAGGAGUAUCUGCGGUUUCUGCCUGCCUCCCCACUGCAGUCGUGGGGAGAGGAGAGCUAUUGAGAAGCUUUCUGUUGAAGCUCUUGGUGCCCUGACUGGGGAUCUCAAAGGGAAAUACUACGCCCUGAAGAACAUGACAGAGGAUGAGCAGCAGCAGCUUAUCGAUGACCACUUCCUGUUUGACAAGCCUGUAUCUCCCCUGCUGCUGGCUUCAGGGAUGGCUCGUGAUUGGCCCGAUGCCAGGGGGAUCUGGCACAAUGAAAACAAGACUUUCCUGGUGUGGGUGAAUGAGGAGGACCACCUACGUGUCAUCUCUAUGCAGAAAGGUGGCAACAUGAAGGAGGUCUUCAACCGUUUCUGCACAGGCCUCACCAAGAUUGAGGAGUUGUUCAAAAACAAGAAACAUGCGUUUAUGUGGAAUGAGCACCUAGGCUACAUCCUCACUUGCCCAUCCAACCUCGGCACAGGCCUGCGUGCUGGAGUGCAUGUCAAACUGCCUAAUCUUAGCAAGAACAGCAAGUUUGAAGAGGUCCUCAAGAAACUGAGGCUACAGAAACGUGGAACAGGUGGUGUGGACACUGCUGCUGUGGGUGGAGUUUUUGACAUUUCCAACGCUGACCGACUGGGCUUCUCUGAAGUGGAGCUGGUGCAGAUGGUAGUGGAUGGAGUCAGACUACUGAUCGAGAUGGAGAAACGGCUGGAAAAAGGCCAGUCCAUUGAUGACCUAAUGCCUGCCCAGAAGUAAACUGCAUUUCAAAAUCGCCUCCCCCAAUUCCUCUUAACUUCUCUCCACUGCUACAUUUCUUAAUUGACAGAACAAAUGUUUGUUGACUUGUUCUUGGUAUACAUGCUGUAUUUAAUGGUUCUUUGUCUCCACUUUGACGAGUUCUUGUUUCACUCACACACACACACACACACACACACACACACCUCAGGGUCAACAGUUGGAUGAGCAUAUCUCAAAAUAAAAAUUGGUGAGUUCACCAUCUUUUUGUCAUUUUUUCCACUUCAUUCCAGGGUUCUCACAACUUUUUUUUUCAUUACUGAAUAAGGAUUACAAAUAAUUGUAUAUAGCUUGCAUGUACAAUUGUUCAAAUGUUUAAUUUAUAGCCAACAAAAUAGUUCAAAACUGAGCAUAACUAGAACAAUUUCAGGAAAAUGCACUAUGGAAAUUUCCAUUACUCUUCCAGGCCUGGUCAUCACCAUUUUAAAAUGAUAUUCUGAUAUUUCCCAGUUUUCAAUGACCAUGGGAACCCUAUAGGCCUAAUUCCUACAAAUUUUUGGAUGUAAAAAUAUGAACAGAAUGUUGAGCAGCUCAAUUGUUGACAUGCAGCUCUUACUUUUGAUAUACAAAGAGGGUUAGAUAUUCAUUGAAACAAAAAGCACAUACAGAUGAAAAACACCCAAUACAAUUUUGAGAUCAUUUCGUAGCUGUAUUAGAUUUCUGCCAUGAACACUUUGACAAGUUACAGAUAUUUUAAUAGAAUCUGUGGCGAGUCUUAUUAGUGAAAGACUACAAGAUGACCUCUUGUUUUUAGAGAACUCAAAAAAUAAGAGUAUGAAAAUGCGUAAUUACUACAUAAAGUACAUUAUUUACACAAAAAAUACACUGGAGUGGGCAAUGACGUGAAAUAAAUAAAACAUCUAAAUCUUGCUCUUAGUAACAUUCAAAUAGUGAAACUGUGCUCAAAUCAGGUUUACCGCAGUCAUUUUCACAGAUGAGCACCAGCACUAUAUAGAGGUGCAGAGCAAAUGUUCAAAGUCUUAAGCAACUUAAAAAUGUUUUUCAAGGUUUGGGCACACCCUAUACACAAGGGCUGCUCAAAACACACAAUAAUUAAAACCACCACAGAAUAGUGCCUGUUAAAAAGCUAAAAUAAAACAAACCCCCACAAAUUUCAAAUCUAGCUUCCAUGUUCUGAAUGAUCAGUAUCAACUCAUUAGUCUGUAAUGUUGAUGGCAAUGAGUUGGCUCCCGACUCAAAUCUAAUGUGCAUACAAUCGUAACACUG